AUGACGGACACAGCGAAGCAUUCUGAGUUCAUUGACUCCUCCACCUCCAUCUCCACCAUCGUCGACUGGGAUGACGAAAAUGACCCCGGCCGACCAAAGAAUUGGUCCACAGUUCGCAGGUGGGCAAUCGUGGUCACUACGACUUUGAUCACUUUCGUUGUAUCCUUCAGCAGCAGUGUGUUCUCUGCUACACUUGCUGAAGUUGCGGACGAGUUCGAUGUCUCGAAGAACGUUGUCGUGCUGGGCAUCACUCUGUUCGUGCUUGGCUUUGCCUUUGGACCUCUACUAUGGGGGCCAGCCUCCGAACUGCACGGUCGAACAACUCCGCUUUGGCUCGGCUACACCGCCUUUCUGAUCUUCCAACUUCCUCUCGCAAUCAGCUCUGAGAUCCGAGUCAUUCUCACUUCCAGAUUUCUGGCAGGGCUGUUCGGCUCUGCGCCGCUUGCCAUCGUUGCUGGCAUGUACGUCGACUUCCUCAACCCCAUGGAGCGAGGCAUCUCCAACAGCGCAUUCAGUGUUGGUGUCUUUUGCGGCCCUGUCACGGCUCCCAUUCUGGGCAACAUCAUCACCGAGCAUUUGGGCUGGCGAUGGACGGGAUGGAUCACACUUUUUGUUGGUCUAGUCCUUGGGAUUGUCUGCUUCGUCUGCACGCCUGAGACGGCCGACUCAAUCCUCCUCCAGCGGAAAGCACAAUCGCUGCGAUUGGAGACUGGCAAUUGGGCGCUGCAUGCACGAUGCGAAGAGCAGCCGGCUCGUAUGCGAACAUUUGUCGAGAAGUAUUUGACCAAGCCGGUCAAGAUGCUGGUCCUUGAGCCUGUACUCCUGAUUUUCACCAUCUACAUGUCCCUCGUGUAUGGUAUUCUUUACCUGACGUUUACAAUGUACCCCUAUUCAUUCCACACCAUCCGCAAAAUGUCAUCGAUCGAGGCAAGUUUGCCGUUCCUGUUUCUCCUCGCUGGCAUCGUUCUGGCGUGUCUCUUCCUUGGACUGUACAGCGUCUACUAUAUCGGAAGACUCCAAAGAGCGGGCAAGACACUCACACCCGAGCACCGGCUGCCACCAGUGAUAUUAGGGUCAUUGCUAUUACCCGCUGGUUUGUUCUGGUUUGCAUGGACUUCCCAAACACAAAUAUCUUGGACCUUACAAGCCACUUCAGGAAUAUUUACCGGCUGUGGUAUAAUUUUGGUCUUUAUGACCUCCAUCUUGUUCCUCGUCGAGGUCUACCUCUAUCACGCCAACAGCGCUCUUGCCAUGAACACCUUCGUGCGGAGCAUCGUCGCAGCGUCAUUUCCAGUCUUCUCCCGGCAAAUGUUCUCCACUUUGGCGAUCAAGUGGACAGGAACCAUGCUGGCAUGUAUCUGUGUUGCAUUGACUCCGUUUCCGGUGGUCAUGAUGGUUUAUGGUUCUCACAUCAGGGGCUGGUCGAAGUUUGCACGAUAG